GCAGGAAGGACGUUUAAUAGUUUUUGCCUUUAACUUUGCCGUUGUUUUCGUUCGCGUCGCGAUUAAAAGUGAUUAAUAGCCAACAUUUUAUUACCGCACAGAGGCAGCACUAAAAAAGGGGAAACCCCCAAGAACACAACUUAAUGUCCAAAUGAAAUAAGUGAAAUUUUCACACCGAAAUUAAUAAAGACAUUAGUGCGUGUGGGGGCGUGGCACGUUGUUUGGCCAAAAUGUGUGCCCAGGAUCCAUUUAUUCAGCACCAGCUGCCGCACCACCAACACCACCACCGUAAUAAAACCGAGCACCACCAUUGCCACCAGCAGCGAAUGUCGGUUGCCGUUGAGCAACAGGCACCAGGGACAAGGAAAUCGCUUACAGGAUGCGUAGCAGGUCGAAGGACAACAGCCACAAGUCUACAGAUUUGGUAUAUGCUACAUGUGGUACUAGUCCUAAUCGACAUUACCAGCUCGCUGACAAUGACCGAGGUGAAGAUACCUAAUCACAUAAUGCGCCUGAAGAGUGCCACUCUGGGCUGUCGUUGCCUCGACGGGGAGUCCUUGUACUCGGUGAAAUGGUAUAAGGAUGGCCACGAGAUCUACCGCUAUGUGCCGCGCGAUACCCCGGGACAGGCGUUCCCUCUACCCGGAGUCAACAUCGAUCUGCGUAACUCAUCGGACACUCAGAUUCUCCUGCGACGCGUUACAUUACAAAGUUCCGGAUUAUAUCGAUGCGAAGUAUCCGGCGAGGCGCCUGCAUUCAACACCGUUUCAGAGUCGGAGACCAUGACCGUUGUGGUGACUCCUAAUCACGGACCGAAGAUAACCGGCGGACAGCCGCGUUACCAAAUCGGUGACACCGUCCGCGUGAAUUGCACCUCAUCGCCGUCCAAGCCGGUCUGUCACCUGAGUUGGCUAAUUAACGGAGAACCGGUGCAAAAGACGCACCUGCGCCAAUACGACAAGGUCGUAGUAAAUCGCGAUGGGCUAGAAAUGGCCCGACUCGGUCUGGAGUUCCGAGUAAGAGCCUAUCACUUCAAGCACGGCGAUAUGAAGCUAAAGUGCGUGGCCAAGAUCAGCUCACUAUAUCUGCAGAGCAAUGAGGAGAGUGUGGAAAGUGAUCGCCAGCAGAGGGCACCGGCCCUGGAAUCUCGGGAAACUGUGGCCGCCAAGUCCAGUACAAUUGGUGGAGCAUCUUCCCAGCUGCCUUCCCAAGUCGUUUCACUAUUGCCUCCAUUAUUCCUGCUGCUGAUUUUUCAAAACUACUGGACCUGGCCCCGAGACAGUUAACUAUCCCAAGAAUAAGGAUCGCAAGGACUAAGACCCAUUACGCUGGCAGAACAGUUUGAAAAUAAAAGACAUAUCCUAUGCCAAAAAAAUC